AAUGGGUGAGGUGAUCUCUCACAUCUUAACCUGUUUGUUUUGUGUUUGCAGAUGAUGAAGUUUGCCUGGGACAACUAUAAACGUUACGCUUGGGGAAAGAAUGAACUUCGACCUCUGACCAGGAAUGGAAACACUGGGAAUAUGUUUGGCGGUCUCAGAGGCGCUUCUAUCGUGGAUUCUCUGGACACGCUGUACAUCAUGGGUCUGAUGGAGGAGUAUGAAGAAGCGAAGGAAUGGAUCCAAAACAACCUGGACCUGAACUCGCAUGUCCCUGUUGAGCUCAGGCCAGUUCCACAUGCCACUGAUAACAUUACGGCACCCAGCAGUCGGACACGUACCACAACCAACAAAACUGGUAUCCGCCGACCUCCAGAAAGAGACGCUAUUGGCUUUGACCUCUCCUCUGCGGCUGACAGCAGCUGUUCUCCGGAUUUGAACCCACGUUACGAUGGCACAUGGGUACACGUGUUAACGCUUUCUCGCCCCAGACGUUUUCGCCCCGUGUCCAUCUGUGCCUUUCCUCACGAGCCACAGAGUGUGAAGAGGUUGAGGAAAGGGCGGCAUGACUGUAGAGAAUCUGCUAUAUUUAAGCAGAAGGUGAUGGAACUGGGCGAGAAGUUGUUACCCGCCUUCAACACGCCCACCGGCAUUCCCAGAGGAGUCAUUAACCUGGGCAGCAGUGGCACCAGCUGGAGUUGGGGCUGGGCUUCGGCUGGAAGCAGCAUCCUGGCCGAGUUCGGUACGCUGCACCUGGAGUUCGUUCACCUGUCCGAACUGUCCAGAAACCCCGUGUUCACUGAGAAGGUGAUGAACAUCCGAAAGCUGCUGAACAAAAUCGAGAAGCCUCACGGCCUGUAUCCUAACUUCCUGAGUCCCGUCAGUGGCAACUGGGUACAGCAUCACGUGUCUAUCGGUGGUCUUGGGGACAGUUUCUACGAGUACCUGAUCAAAUCCUACCUGAUGUCAGAGAAGACGGAUCAGGAGGCCCAGAAGAUGUACUACAGCGCCAUGGAGGCCAUCGAGACGAACCUGGUGCAGAAGUCUCCGGGUGGAUUGACGUACGUGGCUGAGUGGCGGGGUGGCAUCCUGGACCAUAAGAUGGGGCAUCUGGCCUGUUUCUCCGGCGGGAUGAUUGGCAUCGGCGACUGUUCACAGGCGUUAGAGAAGCACUGUCGUGUAGACGCGGGUUUCUCAGGGAUCAGAGACGUGUACGCCUCCACAGUCAGUCACGACAACAUGCAGCAGAGCUUCUUCCUGUCCGAGACUCUCAAAUACCUGUACCUGCUGUUCUCGGACGACGACCUGCUGCCGCUGGAGGACUGGGUGUUUAACACAGAGGCUCAUCCGCUGCCCGUCAUACGCAAGAGAUGCCUGCAGGAGCACGUCACCACGCAAGACGACGGACAGACCAACCUGGAGUAGUAUUUACCAUCACACACACACACACACACACACACACCUGAAACACGGAUUCAACCUCACGGGUCCUGACAUGGAUUCUCAGCUCCUUUCCUUUAAAGGAUCUCUUCAUAUAUAUAUAUAUACAUAUAUGCUGUGAUUGUAUAUCUCUGAGCUGAGGCUUCCCGCUCUCCUCGGCGGGUGGAAGCCGGCGCAAUUUUCCGUGGACAAUCAGUGAAACGUGACUUUCAUGAGAAGAUCACCUUUUUUCUUUGCUUCUUUCCUCUGUGAGGAAAAAACGAAUAACUUGCAGCCCCGAAUCUAUGGGAGGAGUGCCGUAUGAUGGCGGGCCAUGCUGAGCGAAAGAGAAAACCACUUUUCUUCACGUCUCACCUGUAAUUUAUCUUUUCUUUCAUCCUUUCAUUGUGUAUUCCUUUCCCCGUCUCUUCUGCCAAAGCGUUUGCGGUCUUCUUUAUUUCGUUUUCUCUCCCCGCCCGUGAUAUUUUGUUCUAUCUAGUUUCGAGUCCAAUUUUGUGCUAUGGUUUUUUCUUUAUUAUUUCAAGGCAGAGCGAGGACUGAGGUAUUUACAAACCUGACAGGAGGAUCCUUCCUGAAAUGUGUUGUACAGAAUCCUUUGGUUUGAACAGGAAGUUGAAUGAUGUCAUCGGCAGGGCAGGAUUGUUUUACAUGAUUUUAAACUUAAACUUGUAUUUUUUUUUUUUAUGCUUCAACUGCAUUGUGAGCCUCGGUGUUGUGCACGACAUGCCAUG